UUAGGAAUUGAGGGAUAGCUAGCUGGGAUUACAUAUAGGUCAUUGGAGAUGGCUAGAUCGAAGGCAUAGGUAUUGACAUGAUAAAAAAAUCUUUUGAUGGAAACAAGGAGCUUCAAAUGCCACUUGGUCGAACAUCCAGAUCAGAAAUUUUGAGUCAUGCAGAUGAUGUGAAUAUAAUGGAAAGGGAAUCAAGUCAGCCUUUGAAAAAGAUUAGCAUUUUCUUCACUCUUCCUUAUUGGCAGCACAAUCUACUUCCCCACAACAUUGAUAUGAUGCACACUGAGAAAAAUGUCUUCAAUAGCACUUAUGGAACAAUAACUGACCAAAAUGGAAAAACAAAAGACAAUUACAAAGGACGCUGUGACCUUCAGCACAUGGGGUUGAAGGCUGAGCUACAUCCAAAACCAGGAUCAAGUAAUAACUCUAAGUUACUGCCCAGAGCUUGUUAUCAAAUGACUGCAAAAGAGAAAGAUGCUUUUUUUAAGGUCUUAAAGGACAUGAAAUUACCUGAUGAGUACUCAUGUAAUAUCUCCCAUUGUGUUCAAGUCAAACAACGGAAGAUAAUAGGACUUAAAACUUAUGAUUGCCAUAUUCUUAUAGAAGAACUUCUACCGGUGGCAACUCGAGUAUCUUUGCCUAAAAGAGUUGCUUUAGUUAUUAUUGAGUUGUGUCAACUCUUCAAAUGCUUGUGUGCAAAAGUGUUCAAAGAAUUUGAUCUUGAUGAGUUAAAGUCUCACUCUGUAAAGCUUGGUUGGCUAGUUGCUUAUAGGUGGAUGUACCCCAUUGAAUGGUUCCCCCUGACACUCAAGAAUUAUGUUUGUAAUAGUGCUCAUCCAAAGGGAUCAAUAGUAGAAGCUUAUUUGUCAAAUGAGUGUUUAACGUUCUGUUUAAGAUAUUUGGAGGGGGUUGAGGCAAGAUUUAAUAGACCUUUAUGUAAUGAUGAUGAAGAUGAUAGGGAGCAUUCUAAUGAGGUUACAAGAAUGGAACAACAAGACACCCAAAGAGGAUGCAAGAAAGAUGAAUUUGGUUUUACAUUGGUCAAUUUCAAUCAUUUAUCUCACAUUGGUAGUAAUCCUAGUGAUGACCCCUACAUAUUCGCUUCUCAAGCUAGUAAAGUGUUUUACAUUGAGGAUGCAAGAGAAAAAGAUUGGCAACUAGUCAAGCAUGUGAAGGUUAGAUGUGCCUUUGAUUUGGGAGAAGUGAUACCUAUUAGAGAAGAUGAAGUGGCUGAAACAGACAUGGCAUCCACUUGGUCAAACAACCAAACUACAGCUAGUUUACCCUCUUCUCCAUCCAUAAACAAUGAGGUUGAGCCAAGCCAACAACUUGCUCCAUCUCAAAACAAUGCAGGUGAGUCAAGCCAUCAACAUGCUGUCCUAGAAGAAACAAAUUAUAGAGCACCAUCUCCACCACCUAGAAAGCCAAGAGGUCCAACAUUGAUGUCCCACAUAUGGGAGUUGGAAAAAGGUGUCAAGGUCAACAUCAAAUUUGAUCCAAAUUGCCACUCAGUUGGUAAAGAAGGCUGCACCUUGACUCGAUUCCUUGGUACUGUUGCAAGAAGAUAAGUUGUUGUACCUAUUAACUACAAGGAAUGGAGGGAUAUGCCUCAAAUUUAUAAGGAUGACAUGUGGAAGAUUAUUGAGAAAAUUAGCAAACAAAACAAAGAAAAUAGGCAAAAACUUGAAGAGCCCCAUUGCCUAGGCAUUAAGACUUUUGCACGAUUUGUCAAUGAGAAAGUAAUUGAUUUUUUCUGCUCAAGCUACUUUAUUAAAAAAAGUAGUGUCAAUGAUGUUAGAUUAGUAAUAAAUUAAAUUGUUAUCC